UGCUACUAUAUAUGUGAUAUAUCGGAGUGUGAUUAAACACAGAUGCACAUAACACGCCUACCUGCUAGACGAACCGUGUCUUUUUGAUACAUCGUUUUCAUCUAUUUCUUCCCUCUCUUUUCUCCCGUACUCACUGGUGUGCAAGUUUUUUAAUCUAUCAUUGCAAUAAUCUUAUUUUAUCUACUAACGAAUCAACAGUUAAAGAAAAAAUCUAACAAUAGAAGACGUAAUGUAUGGGAAUGCAAAAUGACGGGUUUUUCGUGAGCGCGAUAAACUCUUGCCCUCCAUACACAUAGUUCCAGGUUAUUUACAUACACGACAUAACUACAAUAAACGAUCAAUUAAUGAAUUGUUGAUAUUCGCUAUAUUUCUCUUCGACAAUUUUAAGGUUCAUCGUGACUGUGCGUGAUUGCUUAUUCUUUUGAAUGUUUUUUAUAUCAUCAAAGAAAAUUCUCCUACUGGAACGCGCUAGACCGUUUAGUAACAAAAAGUGGAAGAAAGCUGGAAGUAGCUAGAAAAUAUUUUGGCUUUCCUUAUCAUGAUGGAAGAGUGAACGAAAAGAAAUUAUAUUCGAUGAACUGCGAUGAUCGACUUGAAGUGGAUCUUCUAGUAGCAAGAAGUGGAAGAAAUUUGACAGUGCUCUAGACAUUUUGGGAUGAAAAUGUUUUUUUUAUCCUCGUCAUGAUGGAAUAGUGGACAAAAAGAAAGUAUUUUGGAUAAACUGCGAUGGUUGACUUGAGGUGGAUUUGCUGGUACCUUUUGAAAGGUGUGCCAACACUUUUUGCCUUUCCCAUUGAAUCAUCACAGGCCUCAGACUCGGAUUUCUGGAAAGUACAAUGGGAAUAUUGGCCCCAAUAUACUCUUGGGAUUCUGAGCUUCGUCGUUGUAGCAUCUACUCUUGUCGGAUGUCUCUGUUGUCAGAGACAGCGCCGUCCAAAAGGAUUUCAGGACGAUGCUGCAACAGGCAAGGAAUUCAAGGAUGGAAGUACAGCGGGAACGGAAACAACAAUCGAGCGUGUGCCUUCCUCGAGUCUCGAACUCGAAGUACCACGACGCAUUUCAACACCAUCGAGAGAGAAGAUUUUAUUUGAUGAGAUAUUGUUGUCCAAUUAUACGGAUGGAAGAUCAGCUUUAAAACCGCCAUCGUCAUCGCUCUAUAACAAUGAUGACAAUGAAGAGAAUGAAAUAUCACGUAAUCGAGGGAAAAACGAGUGGUACGAAGGUGAAAAUUUUCCCCGCGAAAAGUUGAAAUAUCUUCGUGAAAUUGGUCGUGGCUGGUUUGGCAAAGUAGUCGAAGGGAUGACAGUACUCGAGGAAGGAAACGUCACGAUGUUGGGGAAAAACCGUGGUGUCGUCGUAAGGAUUUUAACGGAAGGUGCAACGAGCAGAGAAAAAUCGUGGUUCCUCGGGGAGUCGACACCGUAUUUAAAACUUCGACAUCCAAACGUUCUUGAACUUUUGGGUUUUUGCCUGGAGACUGAUCCAUUUCUCUUGCUCUUUGAAUCUUGUCCCGUUGGAGACCUGAAAAAUUUUUUGCUGGAAAAUCGCGAGACCGGUGAUGCCCUCCGAAAGGAAAAUGUACCGAUGAGAAUGGCGCUGAAUAUUGCCAACGCCCUCGAACAUAUGCACGAAAAUGGAUUUGCUCAUACAGAUUUAUCUGCAAGAAAUUGUCUCGUGGCUCAUGAUUUAACCGCUAAAUUGGGCGACUAUGGGGUCGGGGUCGAGAAAUAUCCUGGCGAUUAUUACAUCGUGGGUGAUCGUGCCUUGCCGAUACGAUGGUCAGCCCCGGAAAGCUUAGAAUGCACGGAAACGACGAUCGAAACGAGAGCAAUUACACCGCACGCGAAUGUUUGGAGUUACGGUGUGCUGCUGUGGGAAAUAGCUAGCUGGGCGGAGCGUCCUUACGACCAUCUUUGCGAUGAGCAAGUUAUCGAAUUAAUAUUUUCCCCCAGAAGCGAGAAAUCUGUUGAAUUGGUUGAUAAAUUUAUCGCCAAACACGACUUGCCGGCAAAUUUUCGAGAAGCUUUAGAAGCAACGUGGAAAUUUGCGCCCACCGAGCGUUCGAGCCUGAGAAACGUGCGAGAAAUACUAUGUGGAAAAAAGAUGGAAGAUUUCGAGCAACGAUGGGAAAAUUUAAAGCCAAAUGGGCCAUGCUCCGUCGAUAAAAGUGCGAGUUUACAAGAUCUCAGAGGGAGCAUGGACUCCGGGCUGUGCCAGGCGAAUUCGUACCUUGAUAAAAAUUCUCUACGAGCCAACUUUCGUCUGGGACCCGAAGAAGAGCCUGUCGUUAAUUGUGCGAGCAUAAGAGAAACCAUUUGUCAAACCGAGUCGGGAUCAGAGACCGAGGAGGAAAGUUGGAGGGGUCGCGUCGAGCGUGGCGCUUAUACAGAAAAGGUUAAACAAAAAUCGAAGUCAGUAGCCGAUCUCAUGGUUCUCGUCCACAUUGAUUCAGACUCCGAUGUCGAAUCUUCGCUGGGACCGCAGAACAUCGAUAAGCCUAUGAAAAAACGUUUACCACCGUCGGGUAGCGACGGUGAUCUCCGCCGCGGUGCCGUUAUCGCCGACGAAUUUGACGAAGCUCUGAGGAAACUACGCGAUCCCUCUAAUGUUGCAAAUAGCUUCGUUACGAGAACGACAAAAAGUACGAUGGAUCACGUAAAUACUGACUCCAAGGUCAAUGAAAACGUGAAAAUUGUAGAUAAUAUCGUACAAAGUGUCGAAAUUAACGAAAUUAUCGAGAAGCCCAAAUUAUUAACUCUCACCAGUCAUCAGGGAAAAACUCCGAUAUUGAGAUUAUCGUUUGGCGGCAAUCCUCUGUCAUCAGAUUCGAGUGAGCCCAAUCUCAAAGACGAUAGUUUUCAAAACGAAGAACGCGUUGUUGAAAAAAUUGAGCAAGAUACGACGAGCGGUGACAAAAAUUCAAGUGAUACAAGAGAAUUUUUGCGAAACGAGGAACCCGUCGUCUUGCGAUUGGUCUCCAAAGGUAAUCCGGAUCUUCCACUUUUGCGUUAUAUUCCCGAACGUAGUUCAACACCAGUGAACCCAGUAGAUAAAGCCCCUUCGGAUGCAUUUCUCGUAUCUGAAAGUCGUGAGGCUCCUCCUUUGUUGACCGACACAACUGGCAAUGGGCCGAAUAGCGUCGACGUUGAAUUGUGGAACGACGCUCUGGGUGAAGAAUUGGAAAAGAAAAACCCUCUUUUCGUUGAAAAUGUCACUAUUUUUCAUGAAUACGCUCAAGAUCGAAUGCUCUAUUUUGAUAAUUCGUCAACAGCUCCGCUCGACAAAGACGCCGGUUUUCACAAAAAAAAUUCAAACUCUGGAUCAAGCACACCAAAAUCGUUGCAAAGUUUCCCUGUUUCAUCGUGUCCUUCCGGUACACGAUACAAUUUUUCAGCGGCCUGUUUAUCGGCUCCUGCAACUCCACGACGCAACGAUAAUCUUAUUUCGAUUUCGGGUCAACGAUUACGGGACAGGCGUAAAGAAGAAAUGAGAAAAAAGACGGAUUAUUAUCCGGAUGAUUGUGUUGUCCUACGAGGCUCGUUAUCUGCGCCGGAAACACCCUUCCGUCGAAAGUACAAUGAAGAUUCGUCAACUUGCGAAGAUCUCGACGAGGAGAGACAUGACGUGAAAGACUCCGCUCCGGAUACGCCACAAUCUCGUUGUAACUAUUCGGUCGGUAAUGCUGACGAAGAUUUGUCAUCAGUCGGCGAUGAACUUGAACCCGCUGGGAUAAUGAAAAGAUCGUCGCACGAAGUCGACGAUGAGGAAGAUCGUAAACAUUUGUCAACCCCGGACGAUGAGCGGAGUUCAGAUUCGGGUUUCCGUGACAAAGAAUCGUGCGAGGAAGAAGAGUCCCCGAUUCCAGGUUCACAGGUACUAUCGAGUAUCGAAAUACUCGGCACGAGAAUUUCUUGCGUAAACCUGAAAAAUUCGUCACCGCUAUUCUCCGCCUCGGCCGAAGAAGAACAAAUGCGAAUUUUGUUUGAGUUAGAUACGAUUCUUGAUGCUGAGUAUUACGGAAACUCCCGUGAUCCAGACAAAAUUGACGACACCGAAAUCUCUUUGGAAAUAAAUGAAAAAUUACAUUUUGAGGACACCGAUGAGAUUGCUGAAAAAAUUAGAUCGAUAUCGGAAUCCCACGGUUCUACGGAAUCGACGGAUAUUCUAGAGACGGUCAGAGCUAAUUCUUGCGAUGCUAAUUUCUUGGAUCAUUUUUUCAGUUCCAAGGACGACACGAAUCAAGAUUCAAAAUUUGAAUACUUCAAUGAUACGAGUUCGGCUGAUUUGUUGGAAAGCAUGGAGGUUGAUUCGGUGAGCGACGAAUGCUCAAUAAAAAUCGAGGAGAAUCGCUUGAGUUCGAAAAAAGAAGAUUUAAUGGUGGGAGGAGGGGCCCAUUCAAGCUGCGAAUCUCCGAUAAAAACUUCUGAUAAAUCACCGAGCACGGAUUCCUCAGCCGAAUUGAUUCGUUUGAAUAUUGAUUCCUCAGAGACGCCUUCGGAUAUCAUGAAAAACGAAUCAAUUAGCAGCGAAAUCUCGCCGAUAAAAACCGAUCGCAAUUCAUUUACGGAUGGAUCUCUGGAUCUUCAGAUCGUAGUCAGCGACUCGACGAGUUCUUCCGAUAAAGAUGCUCUGAAUAAGGUCGCUUCGUUCGACGAUAUCUCCAAAGUCCUUUCUCAAGAAUCGAAAAGUUUUUCAUCACAUAAUAUAGACAGUAAAACCAACGAAAUAAAUUAUGUGGAAAACUGCUCUUCGAAUUUACCGCUUGAGGAAGAUUCUAGGAAUACGCAACUGAAGAAUCCUCCUGCUGGCAGUGACUCCGAGAUAAUCAACUUGACGAGUCCGUCAAUUGAAGAGGAAUUUUCGUCGAGCCGGAGCGAAGACGUUGCGGAAAUUUCUACACGGGCCGAAACACUGAUCACCGAUUUCGAAUCAAUAAAUCAAGACAAAUUACGAACGAACGAGAGUUUCGAAGCUCAAGAAAAAAAAACGGAAACCGAAACGGAAAACUCAAUAUGUUUACCGCAUGGAGCUGAACGAAGAAAUUUUCAGGGAGAUGACGCUUUUGAAUACUCAUCCGAAGAUAGUCAAAAUUUAUGUACGUUCGUCGAUAGAGCAGACGACGGAGAUUCAACGAUAGAAAAUCACGAUAAAAUAGUAUGUUCUUCGAACGAAUUACUGUUGAUACGCGAUGAGAAUCGAGGUUCGAAUAUUUCCGUUGAUGCACUAAUACAACGCGAUCCAUUAAAUUCGGACGUUGAACAAUGGUCUUGGAGAGAAAAUAUCAACGAGAUUAACGACGACAAUGAGGAGGAUAGCUCGACGAUGUCGUUGAAGAGCGAUAAUUCAUACGUUUCGUUUGGUCUCGACGAAGCUUUCGUAACGGCGAUAAGAAACGAGUUGACGGAAAAACUGCCACGAGCUCAAAUGCCAGUUGUCGAGGCGCUCGAUCCGCACGAUGAGACGGAAACGGCAACGGCGUCUAUAAAUCCAGAAACGACUGCCAAACAUUGGGGGGAAGAUGAAGAAAUUGAUUCGAGUCCGGAACGCUCGAGCGUCGAUAUAUCUAUUCGAUAUAAUAUUUAUGGAACUCCUUUGAGUCCCAUUUUGGAAGAGCGCGAGAGCGCUGCAACUUCCGAGUCUCUUUUCUCGAAAGAAGAAUCCGCCGAUGCCUCAAUCGCGUCUAGAGUUUCGGCAUUGUCCGAGGACGUUCUUGUCGUUGACACCCUAACUAAUCGGGCGAUCAUCGUUGAAGCUGGUGCCAAUGGGGGUAACGUUGGAACCUUAGAUUCUCAACAAGAUGAAGACAGGGACACCUCCCACGGCGACAUUUCCGAUGAAGAAAAUCUUGAAUAUCCACAAAACCAUUUCAACAGAGGCUUCGGUAAUAAAAAAACUUGGUUGGGGAGCGGAGGUGCACCUCUGCCAAGUCCCGAGGAAGAGAGCAAAUGGCAACAACAAUUUCCACUCCCUCUGCAAAUGCAGGAUGAUCUUAUGAGCACGAGCUUCGGUACCGACCGUGAUUGGGACAGUCAGGAUGAUGAGGAGGGUGAAGAUGAAGUCGAAGAGGGAGACGACGAUGAAGAAGAGAAUAGUUCGAGUUCUGGCGAAUUCGUUUGGAAGCGAUACGAUGAUGCUGGGGAUUUGGAGAAAGUUGCAACUCGCAGUCCACCGUCUAAGCCAAAAUCCCACGAGACCGAAGUCGAUUUAGACGAGGAAGCGGAGGAAGAAGGUGACGACGGCGAGGAGGAAGAUGACGAGGAAGAGGAAGAGUUCACGCCGUCAGCCUGGGAUGCGACGUUGGCUCCUCAUCGGUCUGCUCUUAGAUCUCCUGAGAAAAAUCUUAAGACUGGGGAUGAAUUGGAUCAGAAGAAAAGCGUUUGGUUCAAGAAGCAACGGUAUCACUGUGUCUACGAGUAUCCAAAGGAGACUCUUGUGGUCAAUGCUCAGGGGCAAGUUGCGACCACGUGGGAACCAACUUCGUACACUGACUGGGAAGACAUGAUGAACGAACCUGCACGUCUCGAUAUCUACCCGAUUGAAUACGAUGAGACGAAUCGUGCCGGGGACGAAGAAUUUUACGUGAGUAGUUCUAAUCGACCGUUCCAGUUUCAAAGUGGUGACGGUAAGUACGUGAGCCAGUUCUUUCCUGGAGCGAGCACAACGUUGUUACAGCACGAGAGUCAACACCAGAUAUCGUCUUCGUCGUCGUUGACGUCGCCUCGAGACGUCCUGGAUCUACGGCCUUCUGAAGAUGAGGUAGACCGAAUCGACGAUCGACCGUUGGAAGUUUCAUUGCCACAAGCCAAUGGGAAUUCACGCAGCACAGAUUUUAACGAAGGCCAACAACAGGCGCAGCUCGGAGAGCUGAGGCACACCAGAGAUCGUCUCAAACUAAAUUUAUUGUCUACCAAUGGAUCGACAAAAACUGACGGGGAAGUAGUAUCAGAGAUACUACCUAGAGAAUCCGAGAAUGUCGACAACAUUGGAACGAUAUCUGAACAAAUGAAAGUUUCCCUCAAAACAGAGAAACAUUUGGGGAACUUGAAAAAUCUUGAAAAUCCAGAUAGAGCUGAUAUGAUGGAAGCCGCAAGGGAUUUUCCCAGUCCUGACAGCCAACGUGCUGGAAAAGAAUCUUUAACAAAACUCGAAGUCGAUUCUCACAAUAUUGAUGAAAGCGCUGAUAAAAGUGGCAAGAAAACUCCGAAAUGUGAUAACGAAACGAAAAAGUUGAAAACGUCGAUAAAUAAGGACUAUCCACUACAAACGGAAAAUAAACUCUGUGACACAGAAGGAAUCGACUCGCAAGAAAAAGUGUGUUCCGAUAUCGAUGUUGUUGAACAAAGUUCAAAUCUGAAAAUUCUCUGUAAUUUGUCUGUGAUCGAAACAUCGAAAAUAGACGACGACGAGGACGACAACAAUAAAAGGGAAAAAAAGGAUGAAGCGGUUUGCGGAGAUGAUGGAAAAGUAGCGAAUGAAAAUGCUGAUGAUAAAGUGAAAGAUGUGAAAGAAUCAACGACUUUUGGUAACGAUGAGAAAAUGCUAGAGGUCAGGUCAACGGAUGAAAACUUUCAAAACUGCGGGGACCAAAAAGAAGAAUCUUCGAAAUGGAAGACGCGGAAAGAUCCAAGAAAGUAUGAACAUUUAGAAAUAUCAAUUUUGGAAGCAGCUGUAAUUCCUUCGAGUAGUAACGAUACCGCUAACAGUGCACUCGUCGUCAGCACAUCGAUUAAUGAUUCAUCGAAAAAUGGGAAAAACAUGGGUGAAAUCAAAGAAACGGAAAUGGUCCAAUCGUUGACGCAAUCGUAGCCGUCCAACCCGGCAUUUCAGCACAACUGAUAAAAUUGCUAUAGAAAGCGAAUAUAAUUAUUGAUCUACAAUAAUAAUUUGCAAAUUGUUAUUUAUAAAUAAUAAUCAUUAAUAUUUAAUUAUUAUUGUCGAUAAAUAUUAUUGAACAUUUGGAAACAUUGUUGUUACAAAAACAAAAUAUAGAAAAGGUAGGAAUCUGAUUAAUUAGGAUCUCUAGAAAAAACGAAGUGUGCGAAUUUUUCGUCUCGCGGUGAGACUCGUGUUGUCGGAGUCCGUCCUAAAUAUUUGACAAACGAAAUGAUAGAUUUUGUCGCACUGAAAUACAUGCGGAACUAUUCUCUACGCGAUAAAUAUCUAACGGAAUACACAAAACAAAAACAUCAAUUUUUAAUUAUUUGUAAAUAGCUUAUAAUAUAGGAUAACGAUCCGAGAAAAGAAAAGUAGGUGCAUUGAAAUGUUCAAGCUACCAUUUAAAUUCGAAAGAGUACAUUUUUUGGGGGUCGAAGAAUCUCGUCUGAAAGAUUGGUCGUCUUUUUGGCCGGAAUCUUUUGCUACACGUGUAAAUAUUAUUAAACGGGGAAUGAGAAAAAAGUGGAAUAUGCGUUGACAAACAGUCGUGCCUAAACGUUGUUGAAUUUAUUAUUAUUAUUAUUAUUAUCCGUUAUCUUCUUUGUUCGUUCUGUCUACGUUGUGGUCAAACGAAAUUUCAUGAUCUGGUUCGUAUUCGUUGAUUAGUUAUUUAAGGGGAUGUGAAAAGGGAUGACAAAAAUGGUAUUAUAAAUUCUUCAAAGAACAGAAUGUUUUGACUCCUCAUUUUCAAACUUGUUUUUGCUAGAGGUAAAAAAGGCUCUCUUUCUCUCUCUCUCUCUCUCUUUCUCUACAUGAUUCUCAUUUUUUAAAAGUAUUAUUUUAUUAAAAGAAAGGAAGCCGAGAGCGGCGAACAAUGCGUAAAAUAAUUCCAGAGAAAGUUCUGUGAGAAUCAAAAUUGCAAUGAGCUUGGAUUGGUGCGUAGCAAAAAAAAAAUGUGAUAACGGUAGAGCGAGCUAAUUUUGAUAUUCUUACUUGUGAUGUGCGCGUAAUGGACUAAGAUGAUCACGGAUUAUGUGAAAUGAUAUCUUUCGCGAAUAACGAGCAAACUAAUAUGCAUUGCAGUCCACAAAGGGAGAUGAGGUGUUUCGAUAAAAUAUAAUAAUUGACCUCUAUCGAUAAAAAAAUUUCGCAAAUGUUUUCGCUCAUUUACAAUCAUGUGCAUAUGUAUUUUUUCGCUCACUCCGUCACGAAUAAAUCUCCAACUUGAUAUAAUAUUUAUUGUCCAACAAUAAACAGUCAAUUAAAUCCGGCCCAAUGACAAACAUGUCGCUAAACAAAAAUAUAAUAUUCUAAAGAAUUCAUUCGUUUUUUGUAACUCUAUAAAACAGGAAGCUUUAGUAUCGCAGAUAUAGUUUACACAGAUAAAACUUUUUUCUCUUCAUUUGAGAACUCAUCAUGUCACGAUCACAAUGCGAUAUAUAUAUAUAUAAUUUGUAGUUAUUGCAUUUGAAUAUAGGACAAUUAAUAUAUUACUAUA